UUUUGUGAUGUGCUUGCACAUGGUUCUCCUGGUAGUAGUUGGUGGUAUAUAGUCCUGAAUUCUUUGGUCUUUUGUGUUAUAGAUGGAUCAACAAACCAAGGUUGUUACUUGUACUGCUGCUGCAUAUAUGUUGUUGUCAAUGAUGGCCAUGGUUAUUAUUGAGUCUAGAAAACGUAAGCAACGUGCAAGGAGAGAAGGUAUUACUUAUGGACCUAUCGAUGAAAGGGAUAGGAUGAGACUUGAGUACUUAAACAACAAAAUUUGGAAGGAUGAUACAGUUUGUGUGAACAUGCUAAGACUAAAUAGAGCCAAGUUCUUUCGGUUUUGCAACCUAUUCAGGGAUCGUGGUUUGCUUGAAGAUACCAUCCAUUGUUGUGUUGAGCAGCAAGUGGCAAUGUUUCUAAAUACCGUGGGGCACAACCUUAGGAACAGAGUAGUUGGGACUAAUUUUGAUAGAUCCGGAGAAACAGUCAGUCGUUAUUUUAACAGGGUUCUUCGUGCUGUUGGUGAGCUACGAGGGGAAUUAAUUAGGCCUCCAUCAUUGGAAACUCCUACUAAAAUACAAGGGAACCAUAGAUGGGAUCCUUACUUUAAGGAUUGUAUUGGAGCCAUCGAUGGUACACAUGUAAGAGCCUCUGUUCCUAAGGAUAUGGAGUUAGCCUUUCGUGGUAGGAAGUCAUAUGCCUCUCAAAAUGUAAUGGCUGCCGUAGAUUUUGAUCUCCGGUUCACCUAUGUAUUGGCUGGUUGGGAGGGGACAGCACAUGAUGCACUAGUGUUAAGAGAUGCUUUGGAGCGUGAGAAUGGACUUCGAGUACCACAAGGAAAAUUCUACCUAGUUGAUGCCGGAUAUGGAGCAAAACCAGGAUUCUUGCCCCCUUUUCGUGGUGUUCGUUAUCACUUGAAUGAGUGGGGGAAUAAUCCUGUCCAAAAUGAGAAGGAGCUAUUCAACCUUAGGCACUCAUCUCUUCGUAUCACAGUAGAGCGUGCAUUUGGGUGUCUAAAGAGAAGAUUCAAAAUUCUCGAUGAUGCCACUCCUUUCUUUCCUUUCCCAACUCAAGUAGACAUUGUUGUUGCUUGCUGCAUCAUUCACAAUUGGGUUAUACAAGAUGGAAUUGAUGAGUUCUUCAUAGAAGACAAUAAUUUUUCAAGUUAUAACCAUGCUACAACAUACAGUGGACAAGCACAUGAGCAUAUCGAGAUGGUUAAUUUCAGGCAAAGUAUUGCUGAUCAGAUGUGGGCAGACCAUCAAGAGAACAAUAUUAGUUAGUACCCACUAGUUUGUUGAUGUAUUUCAGUUUGGCAAGUAUUUUCCUAGAUGUGUUUGUGUUGUAUGGACAUAUUUAUUGCUAUAUUUCAGUUGUAUGAACAU